AUGGUCUCCGAGCUACCCUAUGCCCUCGAUGCCGAGUCGCCUCUCAAGGCGUCCGAGCUUCAGGUUCUCCGCGCCCAGUACGAGAAAGAAGGCGACAUGGUCGGAGUGCAGACCAAAUUCAACUACGCCUGGGGCCUGGUGAAAUCCGACUCCCGCAACGACCAGCAACUCGGCGUGCGCCUCCUCUCCGAAAUCUUCCGCGUGUCCCCCGAGCGCCGCCGCGAGUGCCUUUACUACCUGGCUCUGGGCAACUACAAGCUCGGCAACUAUGGCGAGGCGAGACGAUACAACGAUCUUCUCCUGGAGAAGGAGCCGGCGAAUCUGCAGGCGUCCAACCUGCGGCAGCUGGUGGACGACAAGGUGGCCAAGGAGGGCCUGAUGGGCGUGGCGAUCGUCAGUGGUGUCGCUGUCGCGGCAGGUGUAGUGGGGGCCUUUUUGAUGCGGAAUGUGCGCAAGAGGUAG